CACUUUAUUUAGCUCGUUCAAUCGAACUAACCUAAAUCUUUUAUUUUUAUAUAAUUUAUAUUUACAAGUACUUAUUUGGUGUAGAUAAAUGUUGAUCAAAAUGUGGCAAACAUCUCCGAUUAGAAGGGUGGCUUAUCUCCACAAGUCUGGUGUAAUAUAAUCUCAGUACAAAGUUCCUACUAGUGGUAGUUUGCUAAUAAACCCACUGCCAGCUAAAUUUAGACAGCAACCUUCCUGCCACGUAGCUCUGAUACUAACACAGUGAACAUACUUCAACAACAACAAAAAUCGUCCAUUUUCCACUGAAAUUUGAAGUGCAGUUUGGACAACGGAGAAGUAAAUACAUCAUGGAUCGCUGGGUCGCGAUUGCGUUGCUGUUGUGUGGGGUGGUAGGAACAAUCCUUGCCCAGAGCGAUAAGGAUUGCCAGCCAUGUAAUCUAAGUAUCUGCGAAAAGCCCGUAGGCUGCGAGGCCGGGAUUACAAAGGAUCGUUGCGGAUGUUGUGAAGUAUGCGCCCAAACUGAAGGCGAACUCUGCGACCAUGCCGAUGUCCCCACCAAGGAGUACCACGGCCGAUGUGGAGAUAACCUCGAGUGCCGCAUCAGGAACGAUGUAGGGAGGAAAUCAAACCGUGAAGCUGUCUGCAUGUGUACCAUGAAUGACUACCUAUGUGGGUCUGAUGGCAAUACAUACGUGAACCUUUGCCGUGUCGUUGCCAAUGCAGUUGCCACACAGACCAAGAUUAAGGUUGAACACAAGGGAGCCUGCAAGUCUGCCCCAAUGAUCGUCAGCCCUCCAGAGAAUCAGCGCAACCUCACCGGAGACAACGUUGUUCUGUCUUGCGAAGUAAAAGGCUUCCCCAUCCCUUCAGUUGAAUGGUAUUACAAGCGCGGAAAUGAUAUCGAAAUUUCACUACCAAGUGAUGAUGAACACAUUUCUGUAAACAGCCGAGGUGGACCGGAAAAAUACGAAGUUACAGGGUGGGUUCAGAUCAUUGAUGUUCAGAGCUACCACCAGGGAGACUAUUUUUGCAAGGCCAGAAAUGCAUUAGGAGAAGCCGAGGAACACGCCAGAGUGUCCAUCUACAAGCCAGGAGAUGAACGUUAUUAAGAAGACAGACCAAUAACCAACACUGCAUUUAUUCAACACAGAUGUUUAAGAAGCAAGUAUACAUGACCAAAGACAAAUGAUCAAAAAUUCAUGAGGAUUUUAUAGUUAGUAUGAUGUGAAAGAAUUUGUUAAGGAAAAUACUCAAAAAUAUUUGGCGCCAUCGGGUUAUACCAUAAGACUCUCUAGAGGAUUAUGUCUAUACAGGCGACUCUAGUGGAUUAUAUUUAUGCUUGAGACCCUCUAGAGAAUUAUGUGCAGUGGAAUAUUUAGUUUACAUCCGUUUUACCGAUAAUGAGAUUUUAAUAAUAGCGUGGACCUACUCUCUAAAAGCACAUUAUGACAGUAUCUAUUUCUAGUGUUUUCAUAAGUGUCAUUGAGUACUAGAAUAAUAUAAACAGUUCGUCCUCACAAGUGAAUACUUUUUAGUUAACAAUAACAAUGAAAUUAAGUAUGCAGAAUAAGAAUAAGCUUUAUAUUAUACCUGAUGAGAAUAAAUUUUUAAUUCUUAGUCACUCUGCAGUCAACCAAUGGUGCUAAUGACUUAUUACAACAAACACUAUGCAAUUUUGAUUUCAUAUGUAUAUUAUGUAUAAAUGAUUGUAGUUAUCUAUUUACAAUACUUCUAGUUAUAAAUGUACACGUAUAGUUAUUAUAUAUUCAGGGUUUCACCGUGAUAGCACACGUAAGCGCAAAGUACUUCUCUCCAUCUCAUCGACGGACACUCACCCGAUAACCAUGAAAUAAAAACUCCAGUAAGACAGUUUACUUAUUUCAUCAACCAUGUUUAGGUCCUCUCAUGUGCAAUUUUAUGGUGUAAAAACCGGGCUAGUGCAAACGAUGGGGCACCAGUAGAUCACUGCCAGUCAAAAUGACAUCAAUUUAAACGCCCUCUUAUAUUGUGAAAUAAUAAAUUCAUCUCAAAUUAA